AUGCAUGAUCAGUGUGCGGACGCAUACGUCCACGGGAAUCACAGGCUAGGGCAGGCAAACCAGAGGGAGGUCACGAAGGACCGCAAGUACCCGACGGGGCUAAGGGAGAAUAAGGUCACGGAAGCUGGUUAUUGGAAGGCGACCGGCAAGGACAAGGAGGUAUACAAGCCCACCAAAGGGGAAGGGGUGGUGCUGCUCAUCAGCAUGAAGAAGACGCUUGUCUUCUACGAAGGCAGGGCUCCCAGGGGCAACAAAACGAACUGGGUGAUGCACGAGUAUAGGCUCGAAGGCAGCGGCAGGCUCCCUGGCCCCACAUCAGCAUCCAGCUCAGCCACUAACGCCACCAUGGCUAUGGAAGCUUCAGCUUCUGCUUCCAAGGAUGAGUGGGUGGUCUGUCGUGUGUUCCACAAGACCACUAGGAUCAGGAAGAUGACUGUACUGGCAUACCAAGUGGCCAUGCCCGACUUUGCCAUGGACCCAGUGCCCACCUACUACCCCAACCCCAACGCUGGCGUGGGGAUGCCACUAGUGAUGCGGCUUAUGGUAGGUAUCGGUGGCGCUGAUGGGCUUCAGAUCAAUGGUGCCCUGUUCGGCAAUCCGAUGGUUGUGCCACCGCCGAUGAACUUCUACCACCAGAUGGGCAUGGGGGAAUCAGCAGGCCAGAUGGGCAUGGGGGCACCAGUAGUCCAGAUGGGCAUUGGAGCUAUUGGCCAGAUGGACAUAGGAGCAGCUGGCGCUGGCGGCUUCGAUGUUGCUGCACCGAAGAGUAGGUCGUCCUCGAUGGUGUUGUAG